AUGUCUCCUGAGCCGACUUCAUCUCCUCCCACCAUGCAUACUUCCUCGCCUAACCCAAACAGCCUCCCGCCUUCACCAAACGUUUCUUCUCCCUCCCCACCGAAUGAGCCUGAUUAUUCACUCAAUUGUUUUGAUCGUGCCGCACGUGACGAAUACAACACCUGGUCCAUUAUUCUAGAACUAGAUGACCAUUCUACGCCUGCCGUCAUGCUCGUCACCCAAGAUAUUCGCACUCGACUUGAAGGGAUUUUGACCUUGUUUCCUCCGCUAGGUGGCCUUCUCAAGCUAGACACUGACGGGUUACCGACUCUCCAGUAUCGGCAGCCUCCUGGUUCAAAAUUAAUUGAUUACGAAGAAGAGGUAUUCCAACAGGCUAUCCAUGAUCAACUUUGCGGCCGCCUCCCCGAUGACUUACUAGAACGGAGAUUCGUACCGCAAUUGCUUUAUGACAAGGAUCUUUGCUUGAUCCCCCAAACCGACUUACAAACCGGAAAGCCACCAUUCACCUUGAAAGCGAACUUUCUCCGCGGAGAGACUUAUCAUGUCUUCAUCUCUUUUGCAGUCCACCGCUUCCUGGCCGAUAAUCAUACGGCCUUGUUGAUCAUUUCGACCCUCGCGGGCGGCUGGAAGAUUGGUGACUCCAUCCAGAGCCUAUUCACUGGGAAGCAAGCUAACACUUUCGUUUCGAGACAUCCGUAG